GUUGGUUCAAUGGGUUGCAGGCUUGAUGCAGUUAUUGCAAGCAAGGAAUAUGCUACAGAAUAUUUACUAAAUAUUUUCUGUUCCAAUACUUCUGCUCACCUACAAAUUGGGUGGUGUGAUACCAGGCGCCAUGUUCUAAGUAGUUUAACCCAUCUAGGUGUAAAUACCAGGAUAUAAAAGCUGAAAUUCUGAACUUGUCUCGUGCUCAUCUUUUUAUCUCAACCCCAAAUGUAGUCAUUGUACAAAGGAAUUGCUGUUCCAAUACUUUUGGAGGCGACUGUAUGUUGUGCAUGGAAGAGGGCUUGGUGUAAAUAUUUCCAACCUUGGGGGAUGUGUUGGAGAAGGCAGGGCUACCCGUUGUCUCCAUGCUACAGGUGAUGCCCGCACAUUUAAAUGGGUUGCAUGAGCAGUUCGGAGAUUAUUUUGGCGAGGAGAGCAAGGCAAAUCAGUGCGUUAGAAAUCCAUUCACAAGCCCAGCAGAGCCUCGUGAUGGACUGACCAUCCAAGAGGAGCGGGCCCUACUCGGCCUGAGCUCUGAUAUGGAGUUGCCACAAAAGAUGAGUAAAGUUUUGUACACUUUUGGCUGUCUGUGGACACCUAGUUCUUUGAGUGCGGAUUUUCCACUUUGAACAUGAUUAAAAGCAAGUUCCGGUUGAGGCUACAGGUGGAGGGUGACCUCCGCUUGUUCCUCUCAUCAGGACAGCCCCGCAUCCUCUACCUGUGAGCAGCUAAGACUCAGACUCACUGCUCCCGCUAAGAUGCUGUGAUUGGUUGUUCUGUACGUGCUGCCGCAAGAAAGAUAUGAAGGCCCGGACUGUGUGGUUAGGCUGUCCGGAGAAAUGUGAGGAGAAGUACCCAAAGAACGCCAUCAAAAAUCAGAAGUAUAAUGUCCUCACUUUUAUACCUGGGGUUCUGUAUCAGCAGUUCAAGUUUUUCUUGAAUCUUUAUUUUCUGGUGGUGGCCUGUUCUCAGUUUGUACCAUCACUGCAAGUUGGAUAUCUUUAUACCUAUUGGGCCCCUUUGGGCCUUGUGCUCGCAGUGACGAUGAUCCGGGAAGCUGUGGAUGAAGUGCGGCGCUGCCGGCGAGACAAGGAGAUGAAUUACCAGCUCUACAGCAAGCUGACCGUCCGAGGCAAAAUUCAAGUGAGGAGCUGUGACAUACAUGUUGGAGACCUCAUCGUUGUUGAAAAGAACCAAAGGAUUCCUGCGGAUAUGGUUUUCUUGAGAACAACAGAGAAAACUGGGGCUUGUUUUAUCCGAACUGACCAACUGGAUGGUGAGACGGACUGGAAACUGAAAGUGGCAGUAGCGUGUACACAGAGACUACCUACAUUGGGGGACUUGUUCUCCAUAAAAGCCUAUGUGUUUGCCCAGAAGCCACAGCUGGAUAUCCACAGUUUUGAAGGAAACUUUACAAGGGAGGACAGUGAUCCCUCCAUCCAUGAGAGUCUGUGCAUCGAGAACACUCUGUGGGCCAGCACUGUUGUGGCGUCUGGGACAGUGAUAGGGGUUGUGGUCUACACUGGCAAAGAGACUAGAAGUGUGCUGAACACAUCCCAUGCCAAGAAUAAGGUGGGCCAACUAGACCUGGAGUUGAACCGGCUCACCAAGGCCCUCUUCGUGGCCCAGGUGGUGCUGUCCAUUGUCAUGGUUGCGCUGCAAGGCUUUGUGGGCCCCUGGUUCCGAAAUCUUUUCCGCUUUGUUGUGCUCUUUUCCAACAUCAUCCCAAUCAGCUUGCGGGUCAAUUUGGACAUGGGAAAGUCAGCCUAUGGAUGGAUAAUCACGAAAGAUGAAAAUAUUCCUGGCACAGUUGUACGAACUAGUACCAUCCCAGAAGAGCUUGGGCGACUUGUAUACCUGUUGACAGACAAAACAGGAACGCUGACACAGAAUGAGAUGAUAUUCAAACGGCUACAUCUGGGGACUGUGUCCUAUGGGACAGACACAAUGGAUGAGAUUCAGAGUCAUAUCGUACAAUCGUAUGCACAGGCCAGUGGCUCCAGCUCUAAGCCUCAGCCAGCAGCGCCCAAAGUUCGCAGGAGCGUGGCCUCUCGUAUCCACGAGGCGGUGAAAGCCAUUUCACUGUGCCACAACGUCACUCCUGUGUAUGAGUCCCAGCUGGCAGCCAGCGGGGAGACUGAGUGCACUGAGGCCGAUCAGGAUUUCAUUGAUGACAACCGCAACUACCAAGCUUCCAGCCCAGAUGAGGUGGCAUUGGUGCGCUGGACUGAGAGUGUUGGCCUUACGCUGGUGAACAGGGACCUGACCUCAAUGCAGCUGAAAACCCCACAGGGACAAAUCCUCACUUUCUACAUCUUACAGAUUUUCCCUUUUACUUCAGAGAGCAAGAGGAUGGGCAUCAUUGUCAGGGAAGAGACCACAGGUGAAAUUACCUUUUAUAUGAAAGGGGCAGAUGUUGCAAUGGGGACCAUUGUGCAGUAUAAUGACUGGUUGGAGGAGGAAUGUGGUAACAUGGCCAGGGAAGGUCUGCGCACAUUGGUGGUUGCCAGAAAAUCUUUAUCUGAGGAGCAGUACCAAGACUUUGAGAGCCGUUAUAACCAGGCCAAGCUCAGCCUGCAUGACCGGGCUCUCAAGGUGGCAGCCGUGGUGGAGAGCCUGGAGAGAGAGAUGGAGCUGCUCUGUCUCACAGGAGUGGAGGAUCAGCUGCAGGCUGAAGUGCGGCCCACCCUGGAGCUACUGCGCAAUGCAGGCAUCAAGAUAUGGAUGUUGACAGGAGACAAACUGGAAACAGCCACCUGCAUUGCAAAAAGUUCACAUUUGGUUUCCAGGAGCCAGGACAUUCACAUCUUCAGACCAGUCUCUAAUAGAGGGGAAGCUCAUUUGGAGCUCAAUGCAUUCAGAAGAAAGCAUGACUGUGCCCUGGUCAUUUCAGGAGAUGCACUGGAGGUGUGUUUGCGGUAUUAUGAGCAUGAGUUUGUGGAGCUGGCGUGUCAGUGCCCGGCUGUCGUGUGCUGUCGCUGUUCGCCCACGCAGAAGGCACAGAUUGUCAUGCUUUUGAAACGCCACACAGGCAAUCCCACGUGUGCAAUAGGUGACGGGGGCAAUGAUGUAAGCAUGAUCCAGGCUGCAGACUGUGGCAUUGGCAUAGAGGGAAAGGAGGGGAAGCAGGCGUCCUUGGCAGCAGACUUUUCCAUCACCCAGUUUAAACAUAUUGGCCGGCUACUGAUGGUCCACGGACGGAACAGCUACAAACGCUCUGCUGCACUCGGGCAGUUUGUCAUGCACAGGGGCCUGAUCAUCUCCACAAUGCAGGCAGUGUUUUCCUCCAUUUUCUACUUUGCCCCUGUUCCCUUGUACCAGGGUUUCCUGAUGGUGGGGUAUGCCACCAUAUACACCAUGUUCCCAGUCUUCUCUCUGGUUCUGGACCAUGAUGUGAAUCCAGAGACUGCACUCCUCUAUCCUGAGCUGUAUAAGGACCUUACCAAGGGACGUUCCUUGUCUUUUAAGACUUUCCUUAUUUGGGUAUUAAUAAGCAUAUACCAAGGUGGUAUCCUGAUGUAUGGGGCGUUUCUGCUGUUUGAGUCAGAGUUUGUGCAUGUGGUGGCUAUCUCCUUCACCGCACUCAUCAUCACAGAGCUCCUAAUGGUUGCCCUAACCGUGCGCACCUGGCACUGGCUCAUGGUCUUUGGAGAAUUCCUCAGUCUGGCAUGCUAUCUAGCUUCUCUCGCUUUCCUCACUGAAUAUUUUGAUCCAUCAUUCAUCACAACCAAAGAAUUCCUCUGGAAAGUGUCAGCGAUAACCCUUGUCAGCUGUCUUCCUCUCUACAUCAUCAAAUACUUGAAGCGCAAAUUAUCUCCAUCAAGCUAUUCCAAGCUUACUUCAUGAGUGAAGACUUUGAGCAGCAAUUCAGUUUACCUCAUGAAGAAUUUGAUGAGUUACUCCAGGCGUGCCUUGUGAGCAAGGAUUUGGAGACCAUCCCAUUCUUUCUAAGUAGGGUAUUCCUUGCUGCUGAACUGAGGUGAAUUGAUGUGUUUAGUCACGCUAAGACAUUAGAAUGUUAAAGAGAAGAGCGGGAAAAGCCUGAGAUUCACCUUUCAAUUUGUAUUGCACUAUUUACAGCUCUGCCACACUUGGUAUUAACUUGCAUUCUGUUUCUUGCAGUAUGUGGCAUUCCUGGAUUGUUCAUUAUUUGAAGGUUAUUGUUGACUUUGCUGAAUGGUUUUUUAACAAAGAAAUAUACAAAUAAUAAUGUACAGGUAUAUGUACAGGUUUGUACUUUUUUAGCUACAGGUCCUAAUACUUUUCCAACACACUGCAUGUCUUGAAUAUGCACUGUGAACAUUCUAUUUGUGAAAUUUUCAAAACAAAUUAUGCAGUCAUAAGAGAGUUAUUUGGCAAAUGUAUUUGUUCUGAGAACAAUUAGCCUCUUGCUUCUCCUUUUUGCCCUCAAUGAUGUUACUAAUUGCUUAUUUAUGAAUCAUGAUUCUGUAAACCCAUUGUACCAUUCCUCCACUCCAACAUAAAUAUCAUUUAUUUAUGAUUUAAUACUCUGCUCCUGAGCAUAAACUUUUUAAAAAAAGUGUUGAAACAGAACAAAGAAACAGACUUUCUUUUCAGUUUUUCUUGGUGCACAUUUCUACCAACUCAAGAGCAAUACAUUUCAUUUUUAUCCAGAAAGGUCUUGUGUAACAAGUGUUAAGCAUGUUUGCCUGAUGUUGAAUCGGAGUGCAAUGAUGCCUGCAGCAGUAUGAUUUCAUGUUGACGGCAUUGCUCAUUUUUGUUAUGCAACAUAAUAUGCUCACCUUUUCAUACAGUGCCACUAAAAUGUACCUGCUUAGUAUAUCUGAAGGAAAACGUUAGAUAGAUGGUGUCUAGCACUGUAUCAAGCCUGGUCUUGAAAACCUUGAGUUCCUGCCUCCACUACAUGACCUGGCAAGCUAAUCCACACAGUGACCACUCUCUGUGUUGGCCCUUUUACUGCUAGAGCACAGUGAAUCGAACUUGAAAUGCUUUGAUCAACUAUUAAGUUUUUUUUCAAAUUGAGCAAUUUUGCAAUUACAAUUUUGUACCACCCAUAAAGUAAUCCUGCCUUAUGUUUUUAUUUCCCACAUGUAGAAUGUUCAUUUACUUUAUUAAUUUCACUUGCUAGGUUUUGGCCCACUUCUGGAUUCUGUUUAAAUCUUCUUGAAUUACUUAGUAGAUAGCUAACCCUCCCAUUAUUGUAUCAUCUGGAAAUUUAACUAAUGCACUUUCACUGACCAUGUCAAUGUCAUUUAUGUAAAAUGAGGAAGAGCUGUGGUCCCAGAACGAACCCUUGUGGGACUCCACUGCCCACAAUACCCUGCUCAGAUAAGAUCUCUUUGUUACAUCCCAUAACCUGUUCGGAUACCCACUCUAAAAUUAUCUAAUUCCUACAAUCUUCAUUUUGAUAAUGAGUAUGUCUUGGUACCUUAUGAAAUGUUUUUUGGAAAUCUAAAUAUAUAAUAUAAGCCCUGCUACCAUCAAAACACUGGGUAGCUUCCUCAAAGAAUACUGAAAUGGCAUGAUCCUUCCUUGAAGGAUGUUAUGAUUUUCAUUUGUGGAAUGAUUGCAGUUACAUGCAAAGCAAGUUGAACUGACAGGCCUGUAGUUUUUAAAAAUACUUUGAAAAUAAAAAUUAAGUAGCCAUUUUAGAUGAAAAUAUCCUUAUAAGGCAGUGCUCCUUCACUAUUCCUAAUGAUUCUUGCCGGCUUAAAGUGAGAGUUGCUGUGUUUUUGCUCUCUUAAUGAUAGCCUGUCUCCUUCAUCUUCAUUUUUGUUUGUUUUUAUUACUUUUUUACUUCACCAACUACCCCUUUCCAAGUUGGAAAAAAUGGCCGCAGCCACCUCAUUCACCAAUAAAUGUAUUGUGUUAUGAUUGUCAUCCAGUGAGAAUCCCCUGGUGGAGCAACUCCUGUCCAAUUCCGCAACAUGACACAAUGGUUGAGCAAUAAAGCAAAGUUCAGAGAACCCACCUGCAGCUUCGCCUAAUUGCGCUGGUUUCAUUCCAAAAAGUGCCAAGACAAUGUAUUUUCAGUGUUUUCAUUAUUUGUGAAUGUGUUUGCAACAUCAGUAUUAAAUCCUUUGUUGAAUUUAAAUUUCAUAUUAAAUUAACCCCGAGUAGGUUUAUUUUCAUGUAUUUUUUACAGUGAAAUUUUCAAUCAGUCUGGUCACUCAAUAUACGUUUGAAAAUGUUAAAACUUACGGUUUUCUCUCAAUAAACUGUUAUGAUUGCA